AUGGAUGAAAAAAAGGGUUAUUUAAAUGAUUUCGUUAUUUUGGAAGUAUGUAAUAAAUGCGAACGUAUACUAAAAUAUUAUGAUAGUUUUCAAGAUAAAAGUAUAAAAUUUUGUGGGAUUUUGGUAGACUGUGUUGACUUUAUGCAUUUUAAUAUAAAACAUUUGACAAGAAGCAAGGAAGAAAAUUUAGAGAAGUUUAAGCAAGCAACAUUCUAUCAAUCAUUUAAUAGAUUUGAGAUUGUGUUAAAUAGUAUUGAAAAAUUCAUUUAUAGAAUUUCAGAUUAUGGGAUUGUUAGGAAUUUUUAUGAUCUUGAACAUGUUAAAAAAAAUUUUUAUGAAAUUGUUGAUGAUUUAGAAUUGGUUUGUAAAGGAUUACAAUUUAACAACAUGACAAUUUUUAUAUUUCAACAAAUUAAAGAAAAUAAAGAGUCACUUGAUAAUCACUUCAGUGAAAUAUGGAAAUUAUGUAUGGAUUUUCAGAAGAAUGGAGAUAUAAUCGAUACAAGUAGAUUGAUAUUAGUGAAAACACUACAGGAAUCUAGAAAUAGGAAUCAAUCACUACAAGAAUCGUCUAAAAAUAGGAAUUCAGAAGUCCAAGCACUACUAAGAAUGCUGCUAAAAUUAAACAAAGAGGAUAUAGAAAAUCCACCAAAUCCAAGUAAUGAAAGGAGCAAAGUAAUUACAAAAAAAAUAUACAAAAUGAAAAUCACAAGUCAAGAUCAAAAGUUAGAUCAAAAUAAAAACUCUUGUCCUGAUUCUGAUCAAAGUCUCGAUCCCAAUUCAACAGCAGAAGCAGUUGGAACAACUGCAACUACAAAAACAACUACAAUUGAUCAAGAAGUAGCUUGUAGAAAACUUUAUUUGAGUUUUCAGAACAAGAUUCCUGAAGAUACUUUUUAUAUUUUAUUGACAUUAAUAAAAACAAUUCAGUACAGAUAUGUAUUGAAAUUUUAUGGAUAUUAUAAAGUGGAAAGUUAUUAUAAUUUUGUGUAUGAAUGGGCCGAGAAGGGAGAUUUACUAAAAUUGUAUGAGAAUAAUUAUAUUAAUUGGGUGACUAAACUAAAGAUUGCAUAUGAUGUUGUCAGAGGGCUUUCAUACUUACAAAGUGCCAACAUAUUGCAUCACUCUGUUAAAUGUGAAAAUAUUUUAAUUGAUGGGAUGGGAGAUGCAAAGGUGGCAAAUUUUGAUAAAGAAGUACAAGAGGUAUAUAUGGGUCAUAGAUUAACAACUUUGGAUAACAUAUUGACAGAACUGUGGAAAAAAUAUGAUAUUGAAGAUGACAAUAAAGCAGAUUACAAGAAUUAUAGUGUAUUUAUACCUAAAGAAAACAUUACAGAUGAACUAAUGCAAAGAUAUAAUAUUGAAUUGGAAUCUGAUUUUAAAAUAAUUUAA